UAUACUAUUUCCGGAUUAAAUGGCCAAAAAAAAAUUAAAACCCUAAAAGAGGAGAGAGGAGAGAGAAAAUGGUGCGUUUAUGUCUUGUAAUAUUUAUCAUUUUUAACACAACACUUUAGAUGAGUUUUUUAUGCUCAAUAAAAUAUGAAGCUCAAAUGUCCAAUUGGGUAUAAUAUCAGUCAUUAAUUUGAUAAUUUAUUCUUAAUAUUUUGAAUCAAUAGGUAGAUUUUCAUUCAUGGAGAAGAAAAAUCCCAAGAUCACUACGACAUGUCAACAUUGUCUAAAUAAUCAAGGAAGUUGACGCGAGCCAUAACACGAGCAAUAAGCCUUCUCGUUAGCCUUUCUAAAACCACAAUUGCCUUAUUCAUCACUAUUCACUACUAUCUACUGAUCAAACCGUUGCAGGCCGGGUUAUCACGUUCUAAAAAAGCCAGUUCAUUCUUCAAUCUCCCUCCUCCCCCGCCAUUUCUCCCCCUUUUCUCUGAAAAAUCACUACCAAAAUUCAAGAACCCUAGAAAUCACUCAAAAAUCGAUCAAUUGCAGAGAUAUGUUCCCGCAAUUCGGAGCAACCGCCGAAUCGUUCAGCAAAGCGUCGACAAUGGUGUUUCGGAUCGGUACCGACGCUCACCUCUACGAUGAUCCCGAAGAUGUCAGCAUCGCUCCUCUUCUCGACAGCAAAUUCGACUCAGAAAAGUGCGAAGCGCUUAAACGUCUUCUUGCUCUCAUUGCUCAAGGCUUUGAUGUCUCCAAUUUCUUCCCUCAGGUUGUGAAGAAUGUAGCAUCACAUUCAUUGGAAGUGAAGAAGCUGGUUUAUGUAUACCUGCUGCAUUACGCUGAAAAGCGACCAAAUGAAGCAUUAUUAUCAAUUAAUUGUUUCCAGAAGGACUUAGGGGAUACCAACCCUUUGGUACGUGCAUGGGCUCUCCGUACCAUGGCAGGCAUCCGUCUACAUGUAAUUGCACCUCUUGUUUUAGCUGCUAUAAACAAAUGUGCCAGAGAUCCAUCUGUCUAUGUUAGGAGAUGUGCAGCCAAUGCUCUUCCGAAAUUGAAUGAUUUGCGGCUUGAGGAAAAUGCUUCUGCAAUUGAAGAGAUUAUUGGUAUAUUACUGAAUGAUCAUUCACCUGGAGUAGUUGGAGCUGCUGCUGCUUCAUUUAAUUCAAUAUGUCCAAGUAACUUGCCUCUUAUAGCAAGAAAUUAUAAAAGACUCUGUGAGAUUCUCCCUGAUGUAGAAGAAUGGGGUCAAAUAAUCUUGAUUGGAAUUCUGUUGCGCUAUGUGAUUGCAAGGCAUGGCCUUGCAAAAGAAUCUGUGCUGUAUUCUCCCUGUGUUACUGGAACUAACAGCUGUGAGAAGGUUGGUCCAAAUGCAGACAUUCACUUACAAGACAGCCAUGACUUAGGCCAUGGAAGCUGUCAGCCAGAGUUAGUGGACUUGGUUGCCAGGUCGUACACUGAAGGUUCUGAUGAAUACCUAUCACGAUCGAGUUCAGAUAAAAGGAGGCUUUCCAACAUAGAUGAUGUAUCCCUUACUUCUGCUGAAACAAAUGAUGACCUGAAGAUGCUUCUGAAGUGUACAUCACCCCUUCUAUGGAGUCAGAACAGUGCUGUAUUACUUGCAGCUGCUGGAGUGCACUGGAUCAUGGCACCGAAGGAUAGUGUAAACAAAAUAGUAAAACCAUUGUUGUUUGUAUUAAGAUCAUCACGCGCUUCAAAAUAUGUGGUUCUCUGUAAUAUUCAAGUUUUUGCUAAAGUCAUGCCUUCACUUUUUGCUGACUAUUAUGAAGAUUUCUUCAUAUCAACUUCAGAAACAUACCAGAUAAAAGCUCUAAAGCUUGAUAUUCUCUCUUUGAUUGCUACGGAUUCUUCAAUUCCUUGCAUUUUUCAAGAAUUCCAGGAUUACAUUAAAGAUCCAGACAGAAGAUUUGCCGCUGAUACAGUUGCUGCUAUUGGUUUAUGUGCUCAACGUCUCCCAAAACUUUCUAAUAUAUGUUUGGAAGGCCUCUUGUCACUUACCAAAAUGGAAUUUUUGACGAGUGAGAAUAAUGCUUUGGAUGAGGAAGCUGGAAUUCUGAUCCAAGCAGUGAUGUCAAUUAAAGCCAUCAUAAGUCAAGAUCCACCUAGUCAUGAAAAGGUUAUUAUUCAAUUGGUUCGAAGCUUGGAUUCAAUUAAGGUGCCUGCAGCACGAGCAAUAAUUAUAUGGAUGGUUGGUGAAUACAACUCUUUAGGAGACAGAGUUCCUUUGAUGUUAACCUCAGUACUCAGAUAUCUUGCUCAUUGCUUCUCUUCAGAAGCUUCUGAAACAAAGCUUCAAAUACUUAAUACUGCUACUAAGGUCUUAUUGUGUGCCAAAGGGGAAGAUCAAGAUCAAUUGACAAUUAAAAAACUUGUAACUUAUGUGCUUGAAUUGGCAAAGAACGACAUGAAAUAUGAUGUCCGUGACCGAGCUCGUGUUUUAUCAAAGAUGCUGUCAACGUUUCUGGGCUCUCAUGAUAAUGAUGUAGACUAUGUUUCACCAAAAGAGGCGGCAGUCCAUCUCAUUGCAGAAAAAAUGUUCGGGCCCCCUAAAAGGUCACCAUUGUCUGAACCCAUAAGUUCCCGUUUCUAUCUUCCUGGCUCUCUUUCACAAAUAGUUUUUCAUGCUGCGCCAGGUUAUGAGCCUCUCCCUAAACCUUGUAGCCUGCUUUUUGCCGAUUUUGACCAAGACUCUGAUGUACUCCAAGGAAGAGAAAAGUCUGGGGACUUCUAUAUAACAGAUGAUUCUGAGAUAAAUUCUGGUUCUCUGGAUGAAGGAAGUGCAUCUGAUUUCAGCUCUCAGCAUUCAGAUAGUGCCUCGGUUUCUAAUUAUGGCAGUGAGGAGAGCCAACCUCUAAGUGAGGCUGAUAAAAAUUCAGGUCCACUGAUCCAGAUUUCAGAUAUGGACUAUUCUUUUAAGGGGCAGAAUAGUGCUGAGACUAUUCACGAUCCGUCUGGAUCUGGUGGAGUGGAGGAAAUUUUAUCUAGGAGGGCUUUAGAGUCAUGGUUGGGCGAGCAGCCUGUUUUGUCGGACCUGAAAUCAUCUGGAAGUGAUGCCAUCCAGGUAUCUGCCAGAAUCUCCAUUGAUAAUCUUAGCAAUCGGGUCAAGCCUAAAUCAUAUACGCUUCUAGAUACUGUGAGUGGUCAGGGGUUGAAGGUGGAUUAUUCUUUUUCCUCUCAGAUAUCAGACAUCUCACCAUUGCUAACUUGUGUGGAGGUUACUUUUCAUAAUUGCUCUGAUGAGCCUAUUUCAGAAGUGAUUUUGGCAGAUCAAGACCCCAUCAGAGUUCCAGAUGUGACAGAACAAGAAUUUAUGACAGCAGAGAGGUCAUCUGCCGCUCAGGUUGACGUUCCAACUUUGGUUCCAAUGGAAGGGAUUGGUUCUCUUGGACCAAGUCAAAUAAUAAAACGGGUCCUUCAGGUCCGGUUUCAUCAUCAUCUGCUACCCCUAAAAUUGUCAUUACAGUGCAAUGGCAAGAAUUACUCUGUCAAGUUGCGGCCUGAUAUUGGAUACUUUAUCAAGCCCUUAAAAAUGGAUGUUCCAGAAUUUAGAAAUAAGGAAUCACAGUUGCCUGGCAUGUUUGAAUAUGUGAGAAGGUGCACCUUUGCUGAUCAUAUUUUGGAGCUGAGCAAGGACAAAAGUGACACUUAUUUGACAAAGGAUGUGUAUCUUAUAAUAUGUGAGAGCAUAGCACUAAAGAUGCUAAGUAAUGCAAACCUUUUUCUCGUAUCUGUGGAUUUUCCACUGGCCUCUAAACUUGAUGAUGCAUCAGGUUUGUGCUUACGAUUCAGUGCUGAGAUAUUAAGCAGUUCUGUUCCUUGCUUGAUUACCAUUACUGUUGAAGGUUCUUGCUCGAAACCAUUAAAUAUAUCCGUGAAGGUCAACUGUGAAGAAACUGUUUUUGGCUUAAAUCUGUUGAAUAGAGUUGUAAAUUUCUUAACUGAAACCUCGCCUAGCAGCUCAUAAAAAAAGUGGAUGAGCUUCUUUCUUGUGCUACCGUAUUUUCUUUUAUAUCAUUAUCCUUCAUACAACAUUUUCUGCAUACUCCUUUUCCCCCCUUCAACUAAUUCUGUUUUUUUUGUCUUUAUUAUAAAGAGAGUGCUGGACAUGCCUUUGGGCUGUAUAUGAGUUGAGGUAUCUGUAAAACUUCUUGAGAAGCAAAAUUUUAUUAAUGAAAUCAACGUGUGAAUUAUUCUUUC